UCACUACAAAUAUAAAUCUGGCAAGUUAAAUAAUUUUCCCUAUAAUCUAGCAGACUAUUCUAACGACCUUUAACCCACAGCUGGCCGGAAGUAACUGGGGAUCCCCGGAAACCCCGGAAGUAGAUGUACACAUGGCCGGGUCAGGUCAGUCGUGCUUUGUCAAAGUCUAUCUUAGAUCUUGAUGUCAUCCUGUAGAUGUCUACAGGGUCAAAACGAGAGGUUCGUUAAGCUGCUUCAACAUGACUGACAUUACAGACCUAGACACCAUCUUCAGCACCUGGGCACAGGAUCAGCUGGGACAGCGGUACCACAAACUGGUCUCGGUAGACACUACCCAUCUGUCAAUCAUUAAGGGUGAGGAGACGUACCACGAGGAAAACAGAAAAGAAGACGACAGGGUCAGUACCAUCAAAAAGAUCCUUGUAAACGACUUGGACGUUGCUUCAGAAGAUGAACUGUCAGUUGAAAACACCACAAAGUACUCCUGCCAGUGGUCUCAGACAAAAGGUUUCCGGCUGUCAUCCGACGUGUCCGUCAGUGUAGGUUUGCCUGCAAUCACGGGACUGACCGCCAAGGCUGGCGUGCAGUUCAACCUCUCCAAGACUAAGGCGGAAGCAAGAGAGACAGACGAGAGUUACGCCCACAAGAGGAAGGUCACUCUACCACCUCAUUCAAAGGUACUGGCCUCCAUGGUCACAAGAGAGAGAGUGUACAAGAUGACAUUCACUCUUGACAUCUUCCUUCAAGGAACUGUGUCAGUCAAGAUGAUGAAGGAUAGUGGGAAGGUGAAGACUGCAUCAGGGGAUGUAGCAGACAUCUUCCUGCAGUGUGGCAAGAAGGAGACCUUUAAGAUCGACAUGUGUCCAGAUGGGAAGAAAAGAGUCUGCCUUACCAUUGAAGGGGCCUUUGAAGGAGUGCGAGGCAUAGAACAGAGAGUAGAAACAGGAGAGCUAGAUCAUGAGACAGAGAUGAAGAUGGUUCAUGAAGACCUUCUCAAGAACAACAUCAGUGCUAUUGUUGAAGAGGUUAAAGACCACCAUUCCUUGUCCAAACUUCUCAAGGCAAUGUCCCUAAAGCAAGUCAUAGGUGCAGGGGAGGUACAAACUUCUAAGGAAGUGUCCAUUAAGGAAACAAUAGAGAUAGUUGUGGGAAUCUUAGCUAAUAAAGAUCCCACAAAGUAUUUAUUGUUUGUGGAAAUUCUAGAGGAAGAAGGGCUCAAUGAGAUUGCAAAAGCAUUAGAUCCCAGAGUGAAAUAUUCAGCAAGUAUCAGAGGUAUCUCUAAUCUAGGUGGGGUUGUGGAUCAUUUUUUCACAACCAGGAAGGUCAAGGAGGUAUACAAGAGUUUAGAGACAAGUAGAGGGGCCGUCAUUUAUGGCAUUUCUGGGUCGGGGAAAACACAGUUGGCGUACAAAGUUGCAAGCGAUUAUGCGAGAUUCAACCCUGGUGCCGUGGUGUGGGUCAUGGACGGUAGUUCCAGGGACAAGCUGAAUGAAGAGGUUCAAAACUUACAGCAAAGGCUGAGCGGGGGAUCAGAAGAUGGGAACAGUCACAUCUCAAGCCUGGUGAACCAGAGGAGCCAUGUUCUACUUAUCAUAGACGACCUCUCAGCAACGGUGGCCAUUCCCAACGACAUCUUGAACUCUUCUGCUAAGCUCAUAGUGACCACACAGAACUCUUCCUUCAACCUUCCCACGGCGGAUAGCAUCGUGAUGGAAGGAUUCACAGAGGAGGAAGCUGUGAAGUUCUUGUCCAAAGGAAUGUCUAGUGAUAUUCCAAGAGAUGGGAUUGACGAGUUGGCAAGAUCCUUUAGCUGUCUGCCCCUUGGGUUAGCAGCAGCUAGAGCCACCAUACAGCAAUGCAGCAUGACCUUCCCUGAGUACAUCCAGCUGCUCAACAGUGGUAAGGAGGCCAUGGCACAAACCAGAGAGAGAGAGGACCAGUGGCUUCAGGCCCACUACCACAAGGCAGAGCAUCAGGAUGCUGGUAGAACCAUCUUUGCAGCCCUGGGGGUAGCCAUAGACAAGCUGGACGACCAGUACAAGUCUAUGCUACAACUCUGUGCCUUUUUAAAGCCCCGUGACAUUCCCUUCCUGAUCCUGAGGGAUGCAUUGAAAGCUGCGUCCCCGGCGUCCAGACUAGCCUACCAUCACGAGUUUGCCGGACAGCUGAAGGAGCGGUCACUUGGAUGGAUCAAGGGCUUUGGGGUCAACCGCCGCCUGUCCAUCCAUGGGGUCACACAGACGGCUAUUGGUCUGAGAAUGGACGAGGAACAGAAGAUGAGCUGCAUCAACAUGCUUCUAGAAAUUUUGGUCAAGUUCUUCUCAAAAGACAACAGGUACUUUGUGGCCCACAACUUCAGUAUGUCCCUAAUGCCACAUGUGGAAAGAGUCCUGGAGCAUGCUGAGGGCAUGUCUAUGGGUCCCAUAUACCCUUUGAUGAAGUCCAUGUUGCUAGGGGUGUAUGGUUUCCUCCACACUCAGAAGGAAACUCGAGGCUUGUCUGAGAGGCCCCUACAAGAUGCAAAAAAACUGCUGCUACAGUUUGCUGAUAUUGAACCUCAAGCUCUUCAAGCAAAAGUUUCAGAAGAAAACAUAACUAGUGAAGAUUCCCCAAGAGAAGAAGCCAGAGAGUUGUACAAGGCACUCUCGACUAAAAGUCGUUCUUUGAAAGACCACUUCCUUCAAGACACAGUGAUAGGCAUGAUAAUCACUGAACAGCAGUUCAGAGCUAUACAGGACAAGCUUACUCCCAAGGACAGAUCAGAGAUGGAUUCUAUGGUGAAGAGUUAUGAUUCCCUCACACUGGAGAUGUACCAAAAGCUAGCUGACAACAGGCUGGCCUUGCCAGUAGAAACACUGAAAGAUGUUUUCCUCCCAGAACUGUACAUUUCUACCAUCUACACCCUUGGUAGGACCAUUUUCUACCUGAGUGAGUACCCCCCAGGUUCUGAAAGAAGGGCUCCUUUCAUCCGAGACCUGCAGGUUGCUUACUAUCUGUGUGAGGAAGUUGCCAAAGCAACAAGCUGCACUCUUCUGCACACCUUCCUUUCAAAGGCUGAAGGCCUGAACAAGCUGCUGCUUGAGGUAGAAGGUAAAGCUAAGGAACAGGUCAUUCCAGACCUGCAGGAGGCCGAAGAUUACUACAGAAAAAUGCUUGGUGACAAAACAGAGUACUACGAGUUCGGGCUGCUGAAACGCGUUGGUCCGGACGUACACACAAAUAUACGCUGUCAUGAGAAGCUGGUCAAGUGCUACAGGGCGAUGCUUUUGAACGCAGAAGAAGAGAAAAAGAACGCAUUCAUCAAAAAGGGACAGGCAGAAUGUGACAGGAUGCUGAAGCUUGUGGAGGACGAGAUCCACGCCGGGAACCUGAACCCUCCACAGAGGCUGGCGGCGUACUACAUCACAGCCGGGCAGUUCAUGAUGGACGACGGGAAACCAGAACUCUUGGACAAGGCAGAGGAGAUGUUCAAGAAGGGCUACAAGGUAGAGCUGAAGAAGAAGACGUACCACCCACUUAUGGAGUCAGCUCUGAAAGGUCUGAUUGAGGUUUACAUGGCUAAGAAAGAGCUGCCCAGAGCCUUGGUAUGUGGGAGGCACCUCCUGCAGUUGUCUGUUGAUCACUGGCCUGACAAAAGAAGUGCAGUUGAGGACAAGCUUGUAAAGAUCUACUUUCAAGCUUGGAAAGUAUAUAAGAAGGAGGAUUCGUGAAAUGUCCAACAUGUAAAAAUUGUUUGUGACAAGAACCAUGUCAUAUUGCAAUUGCAUGUCCCUAGCUUUUCCUAAUGGCCUUUGCAGUGGACAAGCCAUAUUUGUUGGUCACCAAAGGGUCACCCAGUUUUAAGAUUGACAGCAGGUCACAAACAUUUUUCACCUGAAAAUCUACCCAAUCAUAUCUAAUGAGGCUUGGUGACCUGUGGACAUCAGCCAAUCUCUAAAAUCAAUAAUCAAGAGCACAAAUUUGCCGAAAAUGUCAUUUACAGCACGCAGACUCAAAGAAAGUGU